AUGAAAAUCUCUGAGCUUCCAGGGGAUGAAGAAUCUGGUUUAACAUGUCGUACAUAUGUGUUCCAGGACGAAAGUCACACCUUAGGCAAUGCACUAAAAUGUAUUAUUAAUAGAUAUGAUGAUGUUGACUUCUGUGGAUACACAGUCCCACAUCCAGCAGAAGCUAAAAUGCAUUUUAGAAUACAAACUAAAGAAACACCUGCAUUGGAAGUAUUAAAAAGAGGUCUUAAAGAUUUACAGAAAGUUUGCGAUCACACAAUAAACUUAUUUGAGAUGGAAGUAAAAGAGUUUAAUAAAACA